GAGAAUGAAUGAGGGGAGGAAAUACUAGGAGUAGAAAGGAGGAGAAAGAUGGGAGGAGAGGAGUAAAAGAAGAGGAGUAAAAAGGAGGAGAGUGUGUUGAAAGAAGCGCGCGGGCUGAAAGCGGUGGAAAAAGUGAAUAUUCGGGUUCAAAGGCUGGCGGCGAACUGCAGCACCGCGCGAGGAGGGAGGGAGGGGGAGAAGGGAUGACUUCCAGAUUUACUGUGGAAAGUUGAAAGAGUGUCGGCGACCGUGCACGUGUCCGCGAACGCAAGUGUUCGCAUGUGCGCGUGUGUUACGUUUCAAUCUCUCUUUCCGUACAUUUUCCGUGCGAGCGCGCAAGUGUGUGUGUGAGAGAGAGUAGGGCAGAGAGAGAGAGAGAGAGAGAGAAGGGGAGGGGCACUCCUCUCUCUCUCUCUGCCUACUUUGCAUAUUCCGCGUGCCUCGGCUCGGCCAUAUGGGAAAAUGCAACUGAAGGAAUUGUCGGCGGGGAAAAAAAACGCGCAGGCAGGAACACGCGAGCGGAGCGGCGAGAGUUUGAGAUCAUAACAGAUCCAAGAAAAGUUAAAACAGGAGAGGAAAAAAGGAGAAAAGAGAAGGGGCGGGGGGAGCGUAAUAAACCAAAACAGAGAGAGAAAGGGAGAGACACGCGGAGAGAGAAAAGGGAGAAAUAUAGUUUUUCUUCUUUCUGCGGAGGAGAGGAACGAUGUAUUGUGCGUACACCAUCCCUGGGAUGACAGGCAGCUCACUGAUGUAUUACUAUAACGGCAAAGCGGUGUACGCUCCAUCUGCCAGUACAGCAGACUACAACAGGGACUCACCGGGUUAUCCCUCCUCCAAACCUCCCAGCGCUGGCUUCCCAAGCUCAUUCUUCAUGCCAGAUGGUCACCACAGUGGCGAUCCCUGGAGCAGCAGCAGUAGCAGUAUGACCCAGCAGGGUUACCAUGGCAGCAUGCUGGGGGGCGGGAACUCGGCCCAUGGCCCCACCCAGAGCUCCUCCUACUGUGGGAUUCACCCUCACGACAGAUUGAGCUACCCGUCACACUCAUCUGCAGAUAUCAACUCUAGCCUUCCUCCUAUGUCCAGCUUCCACCGAGGGGGAGGGAGCGGGGGCGGGGGCAAUCACUACAGCACCGCCUCUUGCACCGCUUCCACCAACGGCACAGAAAGCAUCAUGGCUAACCGAGCGCCGAGCGCAGCAGUCAGCAGCGCUCAGACAGGAGACACCUUAGGGAAAGCACUCGCAUCUAUCUACUCUCCAGACCACACGAACAACAGCUUCUCGUCCAAUCACUCCACCCCAGUCGGCUCCCCUCCCUCCCUCACAGCUCCCAGUUCAGCUGUCUGGUCGAGGAACGGUGGACAGGGACCGUCAUCGCCAAACUACGAGGCUCCAUUGCACUCUCUGCAAAGUCGUAUCGAGGACCGCCUAGAGCGUUUGGACGAUGCCAUCCACGUACUGCGGAGCCACGCGGUGGGACCGUCGACGGGUAUGCCCAGCGGGCACGGUGAAAUGCACAACCUCAUUGGGGCCGCACACACGCACAACGGCGCUAUGGGCGCUCUGAACAGCGGGUACGGUUCGGGACUGCUGUCGGCCAACAGACACUCCCUCAUGGUGGGCUCUCACAGAGAAGACGGCAGCGGCGUGGGCCCUUUGCGUGGCGGACACUCGAUGUCGGGUCAGGGGCCGGGGCCUCAGCUGCCAGUUCAGUCGGCCACCUCGCCGGACCUCAACCAGCCCGACCCAUACCGCGCCCUGUCCGGGGGCCAUCAGGGCCAGAGCGCCUCCUCCGUCGGCUCGGAGAUAAAGUCAGAGGACGAGGGGGACGAGAAUCUGCAGGACUCAAAAUCCCUGGACCCCAAGAAGGAGGACGGGGACAACAAGGACCUAAAAUCAAUUGACAGCAACAACGAUGACGAGGACUUGUCUCCAGAGCAGAAGAUGGAGAGAGAGAGGGAACGGAGGAUGGCCAACAAUGCGCGGGAGCGUCUGCGUGUCCGUGACAUCAACGAGGCGUUCAAGGAGCUGGGCAAGAUGGUGCAGCUGCACCUGAAGAGCGACAAACCUCAGACCAAGUUACUGAUUCUGCACCAGGCCGUGGCCGUCAUCCUCAGUCUGGAGCAACAAGUCCGAGAGCGGAACCUGAACCCCAAGGCGGCCUGUCUGAAGCGUCGCGAGGAGGAGAAGAUCUCUGUGUCAUCGGACGGGGCUCCCCUCUCAUUGGCCGCCGCGCAUCACGCCGCCGCCGCCGCCAUGGGCGACGGGUCGAACCCCUUGGGACAAAUGUCUAAGGUGCCAGAGUUCAUCAAGAUGAUGAGUGAUCACUUCCUCUGACGGCGUUUCCAUGACAACCCUCCAAUCGAUCAACCCCGUUGUUGCUUCAGCCUGACCAAUCAGAUUCUCUGGAUCUUCGGCCUGACCAAUCAGAUCAGGCUCCUUCUCUCCUCUCGUCUGUCUCUGAUCCUCCUCUUCACCUUCGUCUCCUUCUUCUGUCGAGAACACAAAUUACAGAGUCACAUUAGUCGCUUUCGUCACUUUGCAUCUCCAGCUGAAGUGAACUGGAUGCUACUUUGUGGAGACGUUAAAUGGCUGCUGUACCGUGGCUGCUACACAGUGGCAGUUUGUGGGAGCUUUUGACACAAAGUGACAGCAAUGGACAGUCUUUGGAAUCACAUCAUCCAAGAAAUUCUUCUUCUUGUACUACUUGUUUUAUCAGCAUUCCCAGUUUUAAAGAACAAAAGGGUUCUAUAUAUAGUAUAUAUAUAUAUGACAAAAAGGAAAAAAAUGACAAAAAACGUGUUAAAAAAGUGCAACUGAA